GCGGGGGCGGUGCCCGAGUUUGAGUCCCGCGGCCGCCGGUGUCCUCCGCUCCCCGCUGCGGAGCCCCCGCCCCGCCGGGGCCCGCCCGGCCGCGGAGAUGGAUGACAUGGAGUCCUACAAGGUGAUGCUGAAUGGGCCAGCGCCCUGGGGCUUCAGGCUGCAGGGAGGGAAGGAUUUUAGCAUGCCACUCUCCAUCUCCAGGCUGACGCCGGGUGGGAAGGCGGCGCAGGCUGGUGUGGGAGUGGGCGACUGGGUGCUGUACAUCGACGGGGAGAGCACCAGCUCCAUGACACACAUCGAGGCCCAGAACAGGAUCCGCGCCUGUGGGGACAGGCUCAGCCUCACACUGAGCAGAGCUCAGAACCACAUGGGGAAGCCGCAGAAGGACUCACUCCCCUGCUCUGAACCCCUGAAAUAUAACUUCGCUCCCAGCACCGCCCUCAACAAAACAGCCCGGCCCUUCGGGGCAGGCUCGCCUCCGAACCCACGGCCUGGGCAGCCCCCACAGCCGCUGGAGUCCCCCAGUAUCCCUGUGUGUGACCCUGGGAAGCUGCGGCUUGUAGAGGACUCUGAGAGCUGGCAGCCCCGCACCGGGACCUCCCAGUCCCGCUCCUUCCGCAAACUGGCCCGGCUGACGGGCACUGACAGCAGUGAGUUCACACAGGACCUGGUGCUGGCUGCCUGGGGGUGCUGGGCUUUGCUGGGGCAGCUGGAGCCUGGCAGAGGCUGCAUCGUGGCAUCAUUGUGUUGGCUGUGUCCCCACGUCCCCCUGAGUCAUGGGGGUUGCCUGGGGCUGUUGGAGGAUCGUGAGGAUGAGCUUGUUAAAGAGCCCAGGCAGCCCCCGCAGCUGCUGGAGCCUCCCAAGAGCCCUGUGUGUGACCCUGGGAAGCUGCGGCAGGUAGAGAACGCUGAGAGCUGGCAGCCCAGCUCUGGGACCUCCCAGUCCCGCUCCUUCCGCAGACUGGCCCAGCUGACGGGUGCUGACAGCAUGGAGGAUCAUGAGGAUGAGCUUGUUAAAGAGCCCAGGCAGCCCCCAGAGCCGCUGGACCCCCCCAGGAGCCCCGUGUGUGACCCUGGGAAGUUGCGGCUGAUGGAGGAUGCUGAGGACUGGCAGCCCCGCACCGGGACCUCCCAGUCCCGCUCCUUCCGCAAACUGGCCCAGCUGACGGGCACUGAUGGAUUGGAGGAUCAUGAGGAUGUAUUUGUUAAAAAACCCAGCCAGGUCUCCGUGCCGGACCCAUCCCCGGGAGCAGGGAUGAAGACUGAGCCAGGACUGGCCCCCAGGACCCCCACCGCCACCCCUGGCCCUGCCAGCCGCCCUCCCUGGGCUGUGGACCCCUCAUUUGCGGAGCGCUACGCCCCAGACAAGACCAGCACGGUGGUGAGCAAGCACAGCCAGCCGGCCACCCCGACCCCCAUGCAGAACCGCAGCUCCAUCGUGCAGGCAGCACAGCAGGCCCCCGAAGGGCCUGGCCGCACACCGCUCUGCUAUAAGUGCAACAAGGUCAUCAGGGGACGCUACCUGGUGGCGCUGGGACAUUAUUACCAUCCCGAGGAGUUCACCUGCUGCCAGUGCAGGAAGGUGCUGGAUGAAGGCGGCUUCUUUGAGGAGAAAGGCUCCAUCUUCUGCCCCAAGUGCUAUGAUACGCGCUACGCACCCACCUGCGCCAAGUGCAAGAAGAAGAUCACAGGGGAGGUCAUGCAUGCACUGAAGAUGACCUGGCACGUCCAGUGCUUCACGUGCGCUGCCUGCAAAACUCCCAUCCGCAACCGUGCCUUCUACAUGGAGGAGGGACAGCCCUACUGCGAGAGAGACUAUGAGAAGAUGUUUGGCACUAAGUGCCGCGGCUGCGACUUCAAGAUCGAUGCUGGGGACCGGUUCCUGGAGGCGCUGGGGUUCAGCUGGCAUGACACUUGCUUCGUCUGUGCGAUCUGCCAGACCAACCUGGAAGGGAAGACAUUCUACUCCAAGAAGGACAAGCCGCUCUGCAAGAGCCACGCUUUCUCCCACGUGUGAGGGGUGGGAGUUCAGCUGUGCCCACAUGUGCCCCUGGCCCUGCAUGCUCCUCUCACCCUACCCCUGCUGUCCCCAGGGAGCCAGGCUGGGCCCUCACCCUUUCCCCUUGCUCCUGCCUCUUUCCUGGCAGCUCCUGGCCCGGCUCCAGCCCAAGGCAGUGCUGGGUCCAGAGCCCCUUAUAGCUGUGUCUCCUGACUGGCCCUAGGAGCCCUGGGACAGGGAUGCUGCAUGGAUCUCCUGCCCCCCGGCCAUGCAGUGUGGUGGCUGUGGUCCUGCUGAGGCUGCAGCUGGGGGAGGGUCUGGCACAGCAGAGCUGUUCCCUUGCUCGGCUGGGGCCCUGCUGCCUCGCAGCUCAGCACUGGGGCAGGGAUGCUCCAAGCACAUCCCUGACUGGGUGAGGACCAGCCCCCUGCCACACUCUCUCCCAUCUUCCCUGCUGUGUGCUCAGUGUGUGGGGCUGGAGCCCUGGCCCCGCUCCCCUAUGGGCUCCUGCCUGCAGCAACCUCCUGCCCACCCCACACACUGCUGCGGUGGCUUCCUGCCUAACCCAGCUCUGUGCCAGGGGUCUCUGCCUUAUGUCCCCCCAACCUAGGCCCACGGCUCUGCUGCGGCUGGCGUGUGGCAGCACCCCCACUAUGGCUGUGCCGGGGCGCAGGGCAUGGCUUCCUACCAAAGAGUGCUCUGCCACUGCCGUCCUGGGCCUGUGAAUGCCUCUCCCAACCCCACGCUCUCCAGUCGGGUUGUUGCUGAUGUAGCCACGGUGCUUUUAGUGCCUUAAUAAACACUUCUGUGCAAGUGC